GUGCUGCGACAUGAAGAAUUCAAAGAAGGAUGCAAAGUUGGAUGCAAUGGACCUUACAAAGGUCCUUGGAGUAAAACUAUGGUUGGCUAUGGACCUGAAGACGAUUUUUUCGUGCUAGAGUUGACAUACAACUACGAAAAGAACUCUUACGAGCUCGGUAAUGAAUUGGAGGGAAUUUAUAUAAAGUCUGACGAAGUGCAUAAUCUUGUGCAGGGUACAGGACUAGCUACAACGCUAUCCUCUGGAGGUGUACAGAUAAGGGAUCCAGAUGGACAUCCAAUUUAUAUAUGUGCUGGAAGUAGCGAGUCAAAAAUAGUGAAAAUAGGCACACGCGUGAAACAACUGGACAAAAGUGUGGAGUAUUGGUCAAAUCACCUCGGUAUGAAGGUUAUCGACAAGAAGGACGGUGAAACGGCAACAUUGAGCUAUGGAGAGGGACAGGUGGGUGUAGAACAACUCCUUUAA